AUGCAUUUGAUGUUUGCAGAGACUAAGUAUAUAAAUAUGAAGAUUGUAGAUAAACAGGUACUCCAAUAAAUAGAAAUCCAUAAGAAUGUAGAUCAUAAGCAAAAUAAGUAGUUGAUUGCUUUAAUGAAGGUUCAAAAGUUGAACCAGUAUGCUUAGGUUCACUUAAUGAUGCAAGAGAAUGUAUGUUUAAAAGUGAUGGAAAUUUAUAUAAUUGUAAAGUUUGGAUUAAUUAAUUUGUUUUUUGUUAAAAAUUCCCUGAAUAAUUUACAGAAUUCCUUUCUAAUUCAACAGAUUAAUAACUUUAAGCAAAAAAAUUCGAUUUUGUUAAAUUUAGAGGAAAAUCAGAUAAAUAUAGUUGAAAAAAAAAAAUAUAUUAGUUAAAAUAAAUGGAAAAAAAAAAAAAUUAAAUAAAAAGAUAUUUUUAUUUAUUAUAAUAAUAUUUAUUUUUUAAAAUUCGAAUUUAAUAAUUUAUUUUAUUUUAUAAACUUUAUAAAAGGAUAUAUAAACAAUAUAGUUUUAUUAUAGUAAAUAUGUUUUUAUCAUUUUAUUUAAUUUAUUUAAUUUAUUUAAUUUUUUUUUAUUUUAAUUUUAUCAAAUUUAAAUUAAAUAUCAGAAAUCUUAUUUAUUUAUAUUAAUUAUAAAUAAUAAAAAGUAUUUUUUAAAAAAUAUUUAAUAUUUAUAUUAAUAAUAAAUGUAUUAAAAAAUAAUAUAAAUAAGAGAAUCAUAUAUUAUUUUAUUAACUAUAAUAAACAUAAGGAUUAUUUAUCAAUUAAAGCUUAUAUUAUAAUAUUAAAAAUAUAUAUUUUAAAAUAUUAAAAAUAAUAAUAUAUUUUUAUUUUAAAAUAUUAUUAUUGA